AUGCACAGAGUAGUAGCUCACAUUAGUGUUUAUUUUCUUCUGAAAAUAUUGUUAAUAAAGUUUGUCUUGUCUAUUUUGAACAGUAGGAUAAAUAAUGAAACUUAUACAAUACCAGAAAAAAAUGCAAAAUAUAUCAGAAACUCUUAUUCGAAGCACUUCAAAUUUUUGGAAUAUCCAGGAGCUUUUGUAAUGAGUUCUUUUGUACAAACAAAUGAGAGAGAUAAUGUGAUAUCAAUAAAAUUAAAUAAGCAAGAUAUUCCUUCGAAAAAAAUAUCAACAUAUUAUGGACAGGUAACAAUUGGAAAAAAUUCAGAAAACAAAAUUAAUGUUUUAUUUGAUACUGGUUCAACGGAAUUUUGGAUACCCUAUGAAAAUUGUAAAGGUUCAAAAUUUAAUAAUACUAUUAUUCAUAAUAAGUACAAAAGGACCAAUUCUUUCAAAUAUAAAUAUGACAAGAAAGGAUUACCCAGCUUGUUAGAAGUAAAAUAUCUUAGUGGAAAAAUAAUGGGAUUUGACGGAUAUGAUACAGUGAAUUUAGGGAAAGCUUUGUCCAUUCCUGAUACAAACAUCGCUUUUGCUACACAAGUAGAUAUACCAGUUUUAGAAGAUUUUAAGUGGGAUGGUAUAUUGGGCUUGGGAUUCGAGAACGAGGAUUCCCAAAAACGUGGAGUAAAGCCAUUUUUAGAUCACGUGAAGGAUGACAAAAUCUUGACAGCUAAAAAUUACAAAAAUAUUUUUGGAUACUAUAUAUCGGAUAGAGAAGGAUAUAUUACCUUUGGUGGAGUGGAUAAUCGAUUGAAAAGAUCGCCCGAUGAAGAAAUUAUUUGGACCCCAGUUUCAACUGAAAUGGGCUUUUGGACAAUUGAUCUGGUUGGAAUCAGAAAGGAAAAUGCCCCUAAUGUGAACAAGGAGCAAGGUGACGAGCUGAUAGUAAAAUACGAAGGGUUUCACGAUGGAGGGAGUAAAUCCAUAGUUGAUACGGGGACCUUUUUAAUAUAUGCUCCAAAAAAGACUAUGGAAAACUACUUAAACGAUUUAACAAUAAAUUCUUGUGAGGAUAAACAUAAAUUACCUUACAUAAUAUUUCAAAUAAGAGCAAAAGAAAUGAAAUCAAUAAAUGGUACAGCUAUUAUUGAAUUAGUAUUGUCUCCAAAUGACUAUGUCAUUGAGUAUUUAGAUGAGAUUAACUCAACAAGAGAAUGUGUUUUAGGAAUUCAAGCAGAUGAUCAAUCUGAGGAAGAUCAUAUAGAUGGUUGGACCUUGGGCCAAGUGUUUUUAAAAUCUUACUACACUAUUUUUGAUAAAGAUAAUUUACAAAUAGGUUUUGUUAGAAGUAAACAGAAUUUUACUAAGGACGCUUAUACGAAAAAAUCGUUUCUAAGUGUAAGGUCAAAAAGGGGAAAAGCGAAUAAGAACAAUUAUAACGGACCAUUACAAUAA